AUGAUUGAGCUUCAGCCCAUAGCCCCAUUGGUGGUUGUUGCGGCGCUUUUGGCCGGCUCCGUGCGUUAUGCCAAAGCUAAGCACGAAUGUAACCUCAAAUGUCGUCUGAAACCUGACUGGAUCGCCAGCCACGAGAGCGAGCCGGAGGAGCCCCCGGUUGAGCACGGUGCCCAGGCGGUGGGUGACUUUCUUUCCCAGCUCUACAGGGACAUUGUCGAUUGCUUCGGCAACUACAGCCGUAUUGGCGAGGAUGGCAGGGUUCUGACGGAUGCAGACGCCCCGAGGGAGUACACCCUUAUGAAGUUCUUCACCGUCACCGACGUUGGCUUCGGCAGGUUCAUCAAAAUAAUGAACAGUGUGUUCCUAUGUCUUGCCGUCGGCUUCCUGUGCUACAUCUUCUACGCGGCCUCGAACAAAGAUAAAAACGUAAGUGCGUAA